AUGGAGGAUAUUUUAAAAAAAGUAUUUAAUAGUAUUAAAAAAAUUAUUGUAUGUGGAGAUUUUAACGUUGAUAUUCUUUGUAACACACCCACAUGUACAAAAAUUAUUAGUUUAUUUCAGUCAUUUGAUUUAUGUCAUGUCUUUCAUGAACCCACUCGUGUAACUGCCACGUCUGCUACUUGUCUUGACAAUGUUUUUUGUAACUGCGAGUAUACAGAAAAAUUCAUAAUAAAUAAACUUCCUUCAGAUCACUGUGGUCAAGUUGUUAAGUUUAGCAGUCAAAUCAAUAAAGUCAACAAUAAUAAAAAAUCAAAAAGACAAAUAAACGUUUACAAUAUUAAUAAAUACAAAAGCGCGAUUAAAAAUAAAUUGGAUUUGCUGUUACAAUCUAGUAAUAAUCCUGAUUAUCUUUACACCAAGCUAAUUAAUAUUUUAUCCGGAGAAUAUGAACAAUUUUUCAAGAAAAAAGAAGUUCAUGUUAAAUCUAAAUUCACGGAAUGGGCAACAGUAGGAAUACUUAAAAGUAGAAAUAUUUUGUUUGAUUUAUACGAUCAAAAAAAAUAUCGAUUUGAUGACAAAUUCACCACUUAUGUAAAAAAUUAUUCUAAAAUUUUUAAAAAAGUUUGUAUUAUGGCUAAGUCUAAUUAUUUUAAUAAACAAAUUAAGCAGUCUUCUGACAAAAUUAAAACCAUCUGGAGCAUUAUAAAUAAAGAAACUGGAAGAUCUAAAAUAGCCUGUAAUCAAUUUACAUUAAAUUAUGAUAAUAAAUUAAUAACAACAACAAAAGAUGUAGUUAAUAUUUUUGAAGAUUUUUUUGCUAAUAUUCCGAUUGAUAUUACAUCUUCUCUGGACUCAUCUCAAUCUCGAGCAAAAAAAUUACUAGAGACUAAUAUCGGUUGUUGUUCUUUAAGAUUUAAAUUUUCACAUGUUAGCCCCUUUCAUAUCAUAAAAAUAUUCAAACAGCUAAAUUUAAAAAAUACGGAAGACCUUUGGGGCAUGUCUGUAAAAGUAGUUAGUUCUUUCAUAGAUAUUGUUGCUCCAUAUCUAGCCACUAUUUUUAAUAAAUGUAUUGAUAAUGGCGUUUUUCCACAUUUAAUGAAAUUUAGCAAAUUAAUCCCACUAUUUAAAUCAGGAGAUAAAUUUGAGCCAGGGAACUAUAGACCUAUAUCUAUUUUGCCAGUUCUAAGUAAGGUGUUUGAAAAGAUAAUGUUAAAUCAAAUGUUACAUCACUUCAGGGUUAACGGACUGCUUCACAGUCAGCAAUAUGGUUUCACCGCCGGCAAGUCUACCACUGACGCAGGUGUUGCGCUAAUGACACAUAUUUUCGAAUCUUGGGAGAGGUCACAGGAUGCACUCGGAGUUUUUUGUGACCUAUCAAAGGCAUUUGAUUGUGUGGAUCAUAAAACGCUUUUGUACAAGCUCGAACAUUAUGGUAUAACAGUGGACUCGAAAUUACAAUGGGGGCCCCAUAUUUCAAAAUUGGCCAGUAGACUCAGUUCUGCUGCAUAUGCAAUUAGAAGAAUUAGGCAAUUAACAGACGUGGCGACGGCUAAACUUGUAUAUUUUAGUUAUUUCCAUAGCAUAAUGUCUUAUGGCAUACUGCUGUGGGGUAAAGCAGCCGAUAUAAAUACUAUAUUUGUUUUACAAAAGAGAGCCAUACGUUCUAUUUAUGGUAUGGGUUCAAGAGAGUCAUUACGUCAGUGCUUUAAAGACUCAAAUAUCCUCACAGUUACUUCACAAUACAUUUAUGAAAAUAUUAUGUAUACACGGAAGAACUUAGCGAGUUUUAAAAACUCAAAGACUGUACAAGUAGAAACUUACGCAAUAUAAAUAAGCUUAUUUUACCUAAAUGCCGUCUGCACAAAAUCAGUAAUUCAUUCUAUGGUAAUUGCAUAAGAUUUUAUAAUAAACUGCCGGAAUCUGCAUUAAAUCUGACAGAGAGGCAAUUCAAAUCUUAUAUUAAACAAUUUUUAUGUAAGAAAGCCUAUUACAGGAUAGACGAAUUCAUAGAUGACAACAUAUCAAGUAAAUAAUUAGUUUAUUAGCAUACAACGUUAUAAUUUUAUUUUCUCAUUGCUUUCUUGAUUUAAUUGAUUAAUUUUAGAAAUAUGAAAGCGUAGCGGUUUUUUGUAUUAAUUGCCGCAUGCAUUCUUAUGUAAAAUGUGAAUACUAUAACUAUCAGAUGGCAAUUGUGAGUAGCUUUGACGUGGUCUAAUGUUUUGAGUAGUCAUGCUCACUAAAAUGUCCAGACUUGUGGCGGCGUGGUGGGCCGGGUCAUUGGGCUCCCUAAAAUAUGGUCGAGCGCAGUGAUGGCUGGCUCAUCCGUCAUACUCGUGAACGGGUGCUGCUUGUAGGGACUGGUCUGCUCUAAUCACUAUGACUGAUUUCCUCUUAUUAAUUGUUUAACCAGUUGGUUAUGUAUUCAAUUUUUUUUUUUCUUUUUGAGUAUUUAAUUGAAUUAGUGCUAAUUGGUGGUUUGUAUUCACACAAUUAAACUUAAAAAUGUAAAAUAAUAAUAAAAUUAUUUAAAAGAG